ACACACACCAAUUAGGUGACAGAGACGAGUUAUCCCAGUAGCUCAUCCUCCUUCCUCAGCAGUCCUCCCAUGAGUCAAACACUGCAGCUCUGAACACCGCUGGUCAUCAAUGGCGCACCACGGCGCCCACUCCCUGGAGCUCGCCGCCGCCCCCGAGCUCGACGACGACGGCCACGCCCCGCGCACCGGGAACCUAUGGACGUGCUUCGCGCACAUCAUCACCGCCGUGAUCGGCUGCGGCGUGCUCGCGCUCUCGUGGAGCGUGGCGCAGCUGGGAUGGGUCGGCGGCCCCGUCGCCAUGGUCUGCUUCGCCUUCGUCACCUACAUCUCGGCCUUGCUGCUGUCCCACUGUUACAGAUCCCCUGACCUGGAGAAAAGGCAGAGGAACUACACCUACAUGGAUGCCGUCAGGACGCACCUAGGGGAGAAGCGCACCUGGCUCUGUGGCUUUCUCCAGUACCUGAACCUGUACGGGACUUCAAUUGCCUACACCAUCACCACUGCGACUUGUCUCAGGGCGAUCAAGAGGGCCAACUGCUACCACAACGAAGGGCACGACGCUCCCUGCGGCGCACACGGCGAGCACUUCUACAUGCUGCUGUUCGGAGCGGCGCAGCUGGUGCUGUCCUUCAUACCCAACUUCCACAACAUGGCGUGGCUCUCCGUCGUCGCCGCGAUCAUGUCCUUCACCUACGCCACCAUCGGGCUCGGCCUCGGACUCGCCAAGACCAUAGAGAAUGGGACGAUCAAAGGAAGCAUCGCCGGCGUUCCGAUGAGCACCCCGGCGCAGAAAGUCUGGCGAGUGGCUCAGGCAAUCGGCGACAUCGCGUUCGCUUACCCGUACACCUUAGUCCUACUGGAAAUACAGGACACGCUGAAAUCGCCGCCCCCUGAGAGCAAGACGAUGCAGAAGGGCAACGUGAUCGCGGUCCUGGUGACCACCUUCUUCUACCUCGGCGUGGGGUGCUUCGGGUACGCCGCCUUCGGCAACGCGGCGCCGGGCAACCUGCUCACCGGCUUCGGCUUCUACGAGCCCUACUGGCUCAUAGACUUCGCCAACGCCUGCAUCGUGCUCCACCUGCUAGGUGGCUACCAGAUGUUUAGCCAACAAAUCUUCACGUUCGCCGACCGGUGCUUGGCGGCGAGGUUCCCAGAUAGCGCGUUCGUGAACAGGUUCUACGCCGUGAGGGUGCCGGGCGUGGCGGCGAGCUACAAGCUGAACCUGCAGCGGGUGUGCUUCCGGACGGCGUACGUGGCGAGCACGACGGGGCUGGCGCUGCUGUUCCCCUACUUCAACGAGGUGCUGGGCGUGCUGGGCGCGCUCAUCUUCUGGCCCCUCGUCAUCUACCUCCCCGUGGAGAUGUACUGCGUCCAGCGGGGGAUCACGCCGUGGACGCGCGGAUGGGUCGCGCUCCAAUCCUUCAGCGCCGCGUGCUUCGUCGUCGGCACCUUCGCGUUCGUCGGCUCCGUGGAAGGCGUCGUCAGGAAGAGGCUCGGCUAGCUAGUGCUUCUCGAUCUCCCACGGAAGAUGUUAAAAAGAGAACAAACUAUGACCUAGUACUACACUUCUCCUGUUCCUUUUAGACUAGCUAAUGAUCCUGCGUUUGUUUUCGUUA